AUGGAUCCAAAGUCCAGUGAAGGCAACGAUAGUAAUGCAUAUCCGACGGAAACAUCGCUACAUAUAAGCACUCAUGACAUUAAGAGUGAGAGCACCCGUAGUCAGAGACGGGGUCUGUCGGUCUCCUUUGCCGAGAAAACAGAUACUAUACUCGACGCCACCCGACAGGCCAUCACGGAGUCGCUCAAGACUAUGGACGCCACCGGGAAGUUAGGGAGCAUCAGGGAAGAAUAUUAUGGCACACCCGACGAUAUGGGUGCCGAGAGUACAGCACUACUCAAACAAUACCGGGAACGGCACCGGACAACACGGGGCGCGGGUCGGGCGGUAAUACCUGGCCGUCGGGGCUCUUACCUGGAAAAAUCGCACGGCGGCGCCACGUGGGUCACCGGCGGCUUCCUAUUGGUCAGCGCGGCGUUGGGCGCCGGUAUACUUAACUACCCGGUGGCCUACGAUAGGCUGGGCGGCAUAGCGCAAGCAACCCUGGUACAAUUGGCAGUAUUAUGCCUGUUGUCUACCACGAUGUUAAUACUCGUUUACUGUUCAAAUAUUAAUCAUGAUAAUUCCUACCACGAAGUGUUGAAUAGCAUAUGCGGGCCGCGGGUUAAAAACAUGGCCGCCCUAUCCAUACUACUGUCCACUUUCGGUAUUUGUGUCACGUAUUACGUUAUCAUUGGCGACCAGUUUGACCGUAUUUUUGCCACAUUUUUUGGCGACACGUUUUGCCGCACGUUGUUUAUGAACAGACAGUUUGUUAUACCGGUGGUGGCUGUGGUCAUGAUUUGGCCCCUGUGCUAUUUUAAGAAUCUGGAAUUUCUUAAACAUUUUAAUAUACUUGGAAUCAUCGCAAUGUUAUACGUGGUAUACCUAAGUGUCUACGAGUAUUUCGUGCUAAGUCCGACCCAUAGACCAACAAUAGACAACAUCCCGGGGCCGUCAAUGACUACCACCAGCACCGGGUCAGCCAACAGCGUAUUCACAGUGUUGGCCGCCGUACCCGUAGUGAGUCUGGCCUAUCAGACCCACGAGUUGGUGGUGCCGGUGAACGCCGUACUCCGGGAGCGCACACUCGGCAACUUUUCCCGCGCGAUGGCACUGGCGUUGACAACACUACUGGUGCUUUACUGCCUGUGCGGUACGUUCGGGUACCUGACAUUUGGCGGUCAGGUCAGCGCCGAUAUCAUGCAAAUGUACGACGCGUCCGACCCCGUGGUAGUCAUCGGCAUUCUAGCACUUGUGGUCAAAAUGAUCACAACAUACCCGCAGAUUGUGCUGUGCGGUCGCGACACCAUCUAUCGGCUAAUCGUGCCCAACACUCACCACUCGGUGAACAUACAACUGGCCAACGCUGAGAGCACCGGUAGUGGCAGUAGUGGCCAGUCGUCAUCGCCGGUCACACCAAACGCCCGGCAAGAGAUGUGGUAUAGAGUGGGCAUCACUAGUGUGUGGAAUGUGUUGGCACUGAUCCUAUCGGUGUUGACGCCUAACAUAACCAUCGCUAUCGGCUUUCUGGGCGCUAUCGGCGCCUGUAAUUCGUUCAUAUUUCCCGGCAUUUGUAUGAUAUGUCUGUCCCGUCGACGGCUCACUUGUAUACCAUUUUCGGCCAAAAACAAGUGCUCAAUAGCGUUGAAUGAUUUGUACACUAAUGCCGAGAGUAUAGAGUUGUGUAAAAUAUAA